AUGUCCGGACUCAAUGCCGACGCCGAGUCCGGCGAUGAAUAUGCGCCGCACGACAGAAGAUGCCGCGACGGCGACGAGCACGAAGCAGCCGAGGACACGCCGCUGCUGCCCACAGACCUACCCGCUGAACUGAUCCCGGAGAGGUCUCUGCGACUGCUUGUUAGCGUAAUUGGAGGUCUGUGUCUGACUUUGGUCGGCGUGAGCCAGAGACUCUUUGGUCCUGCGCUGCAAGAGAUCAUGGAAGAUGUCAUCUGCAGAGAUGUUUAUGCCGAUCACCAGCUCAACACCCUGUCCCAUCCAGACAGCCGAUGCAAGGGCAACGACGUACAAAAGAUCCUCUCCAUGGUCUCCGCCGUAGAUACUUCCGCUGAGAUGAUAGUCCCAAUUCUAGUGCAGAUACCAUAUGGAAUCAUCGCGGAUAAAUACGGUCGUCGAAUCGUCAUCUUCCUCUCUCUCUUUGGCUGCGCUUUGAAGAUUGGAUGGACAGUAGUUGUCCUCUCACUGCCCAAUACACUAAACAUCUGGGCCAUCCUCUGGGGUAACCUGGCCUAUUUCAUAGGUGGCGGCGGAACCAUGGCCGGCGCAAUGUGCUACACGCUCUUCAGUGAUGUGACGCCCGCUGCGGAACGGACAAUCGUGUUCUAUCAGCUCAACGCCGUGCUUCGCAUCGUCGGCGUUGCGGCCACGCCCCUGGCGGCAUUCCUCCUCGGCGUGAACCCGUGGAUGGCUCUGUGGAUAGGCAUUGGCCUGCUGGUCGUUGGAACGGGCUGCACGCUCCUGCUUCCGGAAACUCUGGACCUGAGAAAAAUGGCAGAUCAGAGGGGGCCGUCUCGCGAUGUUCGCGCAGACUUUGCGCCGCAGGAAGUAGCCAAGGUUUCUGCCAAGUCUGCAGUCCAACAGGCGCUGGCCUCGGCGCGCAGCGACUUUUCUCACAUUUGGCGCUUUGUGCUCGGCUCACAGGGAAUCAUGUUACUCAUGGUGUGCAACGCUUUAGCGUUCCCUUUGAAGCUUGUAUUUGAGGGCGACCUACUGCAGUACAUGACCAAACGCUAUCAUUGGUCGUGGUCAACGGCUACAUAUAUCGUGUCCAUCGAGAAUUUCUUUGCCCUGGGAGUGCUCAUGAUUGUAUUACCGGCGACUGCUUGGGCUUUGGAUCGGGGCGGCCGUUCGCCGCUGAGGCGCGACUUAUUCCUCGCUCGAAUGUCGUCAGUCUUUGCGUUUCUGGGUACAAUACUCAUUGCCUUUGCACCGGUUGGCUGGCUCUGUGUAUUGGCACUUAUAAUCUACAGUUUUGCAGCGGGCUUUUCUCCAUUGUUCCGAUCGAUUCUUUCCAUCAUCGUCGAGCCCCAUACGAUUGGUGCCCUUAAUACUGUCAUAGCGACGAUUGAAUCAAUCAUGGGCCUCAUAUCAGCUCCUACUCUGGCUUGGCUUCUCAAUCGCGGCAUGGAUAUUGGUGGUGUCUGGAUUGGGCUUCCGUUCAUGUUUACCGCCUUCCUGGCAGUACUGUCCGCCUUGGGAAUUUUUGUGUUCAAGCUACCUCCAGCAUUUGCUCGAAGUUGA